AUGACAAAGGCGAUAUUGACAAGUCGCUGGUGUACGUGGGGCCAAGUCAAACUAUGGCUGGCAGCAAAUCUGAGAUACGUUGUUGGGCAGCUGCUCAAAGUUGCUCAGCCAAGGCGUGCAGGAGCUGCCAUACAAGAGUUUAUACAAGGCAAGACCGACCUCGAAAGUCUGAACGGACAUUGUUGGUGGGCCAGAGAUAACGAAGGACGGUCAUGGCACGUCGAAACAACCAUGUGGGACGUUCGCCUAAGACGGCGUAGCGAAGUCAAUGAAAGUCGAUUCAACGACAACGACCACGCUGCUCCUGGCUCAUACCGGUUUCUUUCUGAUUGGCAAUACGAGCUCGUCAUUCAGUGUCAGAUGCGAAUAUUCGGCGUGCUGACUAUUGGUAAAGAGAAGAUGCAGAAUCGUUUGCCGGAUCUGCCCGACAAUACACCUUUUCUUCGCGUCAUCGAAUACUACACCGGACUUAACAUCGAGGGGAGGAAGCCAACACCGUCCUCGCUGGAUGUCUGGGAGCUCCUAGAGAAUCGCGCAGUAUGGGCGACUCGCAAUUCACAAUGGUUACGCGAGACACUUGCCAUCGAUUAUUUCUUUCGUCCUGAGGAUCAGCCCUUCAAGGUCUCCCCUCGGCUGUACAGGGCUGCCGCGGCGGCUGAUGUGAUGUUGGAGCACCGGAUCUUCAAGAGGAGGGGCUCUUUUGUCCCAGCCCUCUACGUCCUGUUUUCGAUUGAUCCUUUAUCUCUGCCAAGAACGGAACCAGCUUUCUUGUCGGGAAAAUUGAGCAUUCGAAAUGAGAACCAUUAUCGGACCAUCAAGGUCGAACGCAAGUUCAACUACGAAAUGGAUGUGAGAAUCUUGCACUACGUUGAAACCGGUUCGCUGGAGACAAUUCCCGACGCGUUCGCGCCAGAUUUUAAUGUGCCCCUAGGCUGGCACGGCGAAAGAUUGAAUAGUUUUCCUGCAGCGUUGGCUGAGGCCGAAAUGGCAGGCUUUCCCAACGCAGAUCUAAGGGAUAUCGACAUUUUUAAUCAUCACCCUGACGAUCAUCAUAAUCCUGGUAUCAAUUUCGUGGACGGUAUGGACGGUGCUCUUAGCUUCCUUCACGGCAAGAGGUACACCAGAGCCGAUUAUCAGCUCGAUAAUCUUGCAUGCAGCGAGUCUCGCUAUGCACUCACGACCUACGACGCAUACUACAGAAGCAUCCGCCACGAUGGCUACCAGGGUAUCUUUAACAGAUCCCAGGACGACAACGAGGAAGAGCCUGUGAAUAUCCAUUACGGCGAAGAGCCACGAGAGAACCAGUUUGACUUGCCUUCUGAUGAGAUAGCCGCCAUUGAUUGGGUUGUCUCAAGGCUUGAUAAAAAGUAUCCAAUUCCACCCUUGAUCAAAGACACCGAACUGGCUGAGCCACUCCGUGGCCCACCUGAAUGGUUUCGUGCUGUUGAAGAGCCAUUCUUUCAAUAA